UGCGCGUCCCCUGCGCUUUACGGCCUCCUGCGCUCGCCUCGGCGGCCCCUCCCCUUUCCCCGGCUUCCCGCUCGUACUCCAGAACUCUGAGCUGGCGGGGCUACUGGGCACGAGCAUGGCAACCCAAGGAAGGGCAGACGAGCCCGAUCGGACCCUUUUCGUGGGCAAUUUGGAGAGUCGCGUGCAGGAGGAAAUUCUCUACGAGCUUUUCUUGCAGGCUGGACCGGUAUCGAAAGUCACCAUAUGCAAGGACAAAGAUGGAAAACCCAAGACCUUUGGAUUUGUCUGCUUUAAACACACAGAGUCAGUGCCUUAUGCUAUAGCGUUGCUGAAUGGGAUUCGUUUAUAUGGAAGACCAAUUAAAGUUCAAUAUCGGUUUGGGAGUACUCACUGCCUAGAGUUAAGCAGUCCUUCCCAGAAUAUGGAUAGUGAUGUACAGGCAUCAUCCUACAGUCCUUUUCAGGUGAAUAAUAAUCCACAUCAGAUUUAUUCUGCCAUUCAGAGCAUGAUGACAUGUUAUUUGACACAGCAGUAUGUUCCAUAUAAUCCAAUGGGACAGCCAUUUCCUUACUCACAGAUGACACCACCACCACCACAAUUUCCAAGUAUUCCAGUAUCAUCCUACCUGAAUCCUGGACAAGGUUCUUUUGAAAGUGUCUACCCAGAAUCAAAAAACCACAGUCAAUAUCUUGUUACAAAAGAAACUCCCAAGCGGAAAAGAACUUUGGAAGCUAGUGACAGUGACAGUAGCAAUGAAAAUGGUAGGAAAAAAUGCAAGAAAAAGUGAGCGAAAAUGUUAAGGGAUAAGUUAUUAAAUGACUAUAGGAUUUUAUUUAUUUGUAAAUUAGUGUAUUAUUGAAUAAAAGGAUAUGAUUUUGAAUAUAUUUUUAAAAGGAAUGCCAAACGUAUAUAUACCAUCCACAAAUGGAGAACCUAAUUAUCUCCACUGAAAAAGUUGCAAAAAUUAAAUAAAGUUUCUUGAGAAACAUCUCCACUUGAAAGAAAGUAUGUCUUGUUCUGACAACUAUGUUCAAAUUGUAAACAAGUCAAGGAUUUCUGAAUUUCCACAGAUAUAGUUAAAAUAUUGAAUUGUUACGCUAUUCACAAUGUGAUACAUAAUAAAGAUUGUGGUUAAAGUCUGUUUUUGUGGGAAAAUAUAAGUAGAUCAGUAUCAUGUUGUAAUUGUCAAUCUUAAAUU